AACGCGUGCGUGAAAAUAGUGUAACGGUCAAAACGCAGUGAAAAUAAUUAAAACGGAAAUUAAACUAAAAAUAAAGCAACGAAAUUUAAAAACGAAAUAUUAUAUUAAACAAAAAGAAAAAUAACGUAUAAUUUAAAAGUGUUUUUGAAAAACAGAAAUUAAUAAAUACUAAACUGCACUUGUAGUAAAAAUAGUUUUUUUGUUUAUUUGCAACAAUAACCAAACAACAGCUUUAACAACUACAACACCAGCAAAAAUAAAUAUCACGUGUUGAAAUGUCACCGGCCGAAGAAAAUUCCUAUACAACGGGUCCCAGUAAAACGGCCACUUAUACAUUGGUGGCCUUAAAACUGUUAGAAUUGUGUCUCAUCAUUUGCUGCAUUGGCCUGAUCGAUGAGCCAGCCACACAUUCCUCUAUACGCACAUUUAUAACGCCACGCGUGGUGGCCUUAUGUUAUGUGACCUUUGGCUCUCUGUUAAUUUAUACUGCCAUUUAUUUAAUUAUGGCUUUAUUUGGUGAUUUAGCGCCUUGGCGUACUUCAGCUUUAUGGUCGAUUGUGGCUUUCAUAUUGUUUGUGGCCGCCACUGCCUGUUUGUUCCGCGAUUGGUCUUCUACCAAGGAUUUAAAUUAUUGGCAUCCUAAUAUGCAGCGUUUAGAUUUGGUAUUGGGUGCUGCUUCUGUGUCUUUAGUAACAGCUCUCAUUUAUAUUUUGGAUAUUUUGGCCACUUUACGUUUUGGUUUAAAUGGUUCUUUAGAAUAGUUUAAAUUUUUUUCUAAUUAAAAUACUGUGGCAACUCCAUUUACAACAAAAACAAACAACAAAUUCGUAUACACCGUCCAUUUCCAUGCCGUCCCUGUUUAUUUUAAAAUUAUCACUUAAACAUACCUGUAUAAGUGGUUGUAUGCCUUAGCUAGCUGUUUAGUCAACAGGUUGCUGUCUUUGCUAAAUCAUCAAACUUACUUUGUUUUGAACUUAACAUUUUACUGUAAUAUUUACAGUAAACAUAAAGAAAAGCAACAAUUUAUUUUAUUUUAACAUACACUUUUAUUAAUCUACAUAAGCUGUGUUCCCGUACUUAAUAGUUUAAAGUUUUACAAUUGAAAUUAGUCAAAAAAAAUUUAUAUAAAAAAAGUUAAUUUUAUGUAAAAUGCUAAAGAAUCAUUUUUUAAUAUUUAGUACGGC